CUCAUCCCAAAGCAUGAGAUUCACGGCUCUCCUGUUCCUGGCAGCUCUGGCUGGGGCCCUGGUCUGUGCCCAAGAUGCCUCCACUGACCUCACGCAGGAUGCCCCUGCCCAGGACACCGUGACCCCUACGCCUGAUGAGAAGACCUCAGCUUCACCCCAAGAGACAAUCACAACAGCCCAGGAGAUCUCAGCAGCAGCUCAGAAGACAACCAAGUUCACCUCAGGGUGGCAGGGAUCAAGCCCCCUGAGUUCUCUGAAAGAAAAAGCUCUCGUGUUAUCAGAAUAUGUCAUUGGAGGAGGAGGAAAAGGACUACAUGGAAGCAUUCAAGGUGGUAAACAAUUAAUUGAAGCUGGAAUUGAAGGUGCACAAAGACUGAGGAAAAAAUACAGUCCAGUAAGACUUUGGUCCUGAGAAGCUGAAAAGAAUGGGGCUACUGGAUUUAAAGCCUUAAACACCCUUGUAGCUCAGAGCUAUUAAA